CGCGCGCGAGAGGGAUGCAACUCACUGACGGUGACGGACGAUCUAUCGUCCAUGCGUGUUUUCGCGUUGGCAAUUAACCCCCAAAUUCUUUUUUGUUGACAGUUGACACCAAAGAAAAAAGGGCGGAACUUCGUUUCUGAUUGUGAAUGCUCCUCCUUCUCGAGGGCGUGUAAAGUUUCGCCCGUAUGAAAGAGAAGUGCAGCACUCGGAACGCAGUCUGCUUUUGAAUUUCUGCCUCUGCCAGUCUGCGUUUCUGUGAAUCUCCGCCCCGUUGAACAGGAAAAUUGAGAUUUCAAUAGUAUUUUGAUUGGCGAAAGAUAGCAAAGCCUUUGCGAUUUUCUUUUGUAGUUUCCCAAGAGAUCGAGCAUAUUGAGCCAUAUUCUUGUGGUUGUUGAUAAGGAACCCGUGGAUCUUCCAGAUCUCUAGAAAAAGAAUCGUAGAUUUUUGAAGAUGUUUCUACUCGAUUGGUUCUAUGGGGUUCUUGCCUCGCUAGGGCUGUGGCAGAAGGAAGCAAAAAUUCUUUUCUUGGGGUUGGAUAAUGCUGGGAAGACCACACUGCUUCAUAUGUUGAAGGACGAGAGAUUAGUGCAACAUCAACCUACUCAGUAUCCAACUUCCGAGGAGCUAAGCAUUGGCAAGAUCAAAUUUAAGGCUUUUGACCUUGGAGGCCAUCAGAUUGCUCGUCGGGUUUGGAAGGACUAUUAUGCAAAGGUGGAUGCUGUGGUAUAUCUCGUGGAUGCAGCUGACAAGGAGCGGUUUGCAGAGUCGAAAAAGGAAUUGGACGCCCUUCUCUCAGAUGAUGCAUUGACAUCUGUUCCAUUCCUUGUCCUGGGUAAUAAGAUUGACAUCCCAUAUGCAGCAUCAGAGGAGGAGCUUCGCUACCACCUUGGGUUGAGCAACUUCACCACAGGGAAGGGGAAGGUGAACUUGACCGACUCGAAUGUUAGGCCACUCGAGGUCUUCAUGUGCAGUAUAGUCCGUAAGAUGGGGUUUGGCGACGGUUUCAAGUGGAUGUCUCAGUACAUCAAGUAGAUUAUUAUGGUUCAGAAAGGAAAAGGCUGCUCACGCCCUUCACACUCGCACACGUCAUCAUUGCCCGGACUUUUUGAACAAUUGCUUGUAACCUUUCUCUUUCCCUUGCUCGAGUUUUUAGUUUAAGUUGUGCCUGAGUGUGAAAGGACCAACUACGGUACCUGUGGAAGGUGAGGAUGUAAUUUCAAAUCCGGUUUUGCCUUCCUGAUCUGGUGUUAUUGGAAUUUCUUUUCCUCUACUGGCUGUGGUAGAUGGUUGAUCUUGGGUUCCAACUUCUCAUGGUCCUUUGCCAUUUAUCUCCUCCGGAUUCACAUUCAGUUUCUGAUGGUUGAGUUCCUUUUUGUAUCUUAAUUGAAAAUGUUCAAGCUGCAGCCCGGAUGACUAUUGAUGAUGAAGAAUUAUUAUUAAGGCAAGUGCUAUUUGUUCCA